AUGUUGCCCACGGCAUGCAUCACCAUCAUACCCAAAACCAUCGCGCAGCGUGCCAAAUCAUUUUUAUUUUUGGACUCCUCAGUCCGCUCUGGUUGUUUCCUGUCUAUUCAUGAGGCACAGAGCAAUCAGACACACAGCCAGACAUAUCCAGACCUGGGCAUUCUCCGAAAACCCCCAGUCGUCAUCGUCGUCUCGUGUGCCAUUGCCGCCCCCCUUACGCUUGCUUGCUGCUUGCGGCCUGCGGCUUGCGGCUGUCCAAAGGAGCGAGACCCUUCUGAUGCGUGCCGAGCCCAACCAAAAUCUCCAUCCAUGUCCUCGGCUUGUCGAGUGCCGCCUCGCCAUGCCCUUCGAAUGCCGAGUAGAAGCAAAGCCCUGAUUGAACAGCCUCUUUUCUCCCUCCCUUCCACAUCCAUCUUCAACUGCUCUCAAUCUUCUUCUAAAGAGACCCCAAACAGUGCCUCUGUUAGGGCGGUAGAAACAUGCAGAAUCGUGAUGCUCGUGAGAGACCUGACUGUUUCUCUUUUCUUCCAGAUCCACUGGAAACCACCACGGUUCCGCCUGUGCCUUCAGUUCCUCCACGUCUCGGUCUAA